UCGGGGAAUGAACGGUCACCCGAGAAGGUAGCGAAAGGUUUACGUGAUCCCGCGGGAUAAGCACGUUCCAUGCUAUGCUCAACAGUUUCAUCCACUUUAUGAUGUACAUCUACUAUGGUCUGGCCGCAGCGGGACCUCGAUACCGAAAGUAUACCUGGUGGAAAAAGUAUAUGACUACUGCUCAGAUUAUCCAAUUUGUGGUGGUCAUUUUCCAUUCAGUCUACACGUUGACAUUGCACGAUUGCAAUUAUCCAAAACUGUUCAACUAUUGGAUUUUGUCCUACGCGCUCAUCUUUCUGGUCUUGUUUGCCAACUUCUAUUCACGGGUAAGUUCGCCUCAAGCUGACCAACAGCACCUUGCGUUGCAAAGCCAUGCGGAUAUGUGGUAA